AUAUCUCACUCAUCACUCGUCACUUCACUCGCCUAUAUUAUAUAAAACGCAAGCAACACCAGAGUAAAACGCGCUUCGCUUCGCUGCAUUUCGCUUCUGAGUUCUGACCUCACUAAUGGCGUUUCCCUCUUUGCUAUCCCAAUCUCUAAACUUCAUUAUUCUCGUUAUUUUUCUUCCGUUAUUUUUCACUUCUGUUGCUUCUCACUCUCAGUGCAAGAGCCCGCCUAUCAUCUUCAACUUUGGGGAUUCCAACUCCGAUACUGGUGGACUCGCCGCCGGACUCGGCUUCCCUGUAAAUCUCCCCAAUGGUCGCUUAUUCUUCCGUCAAUCAACCGGUAGAUUGUCUGAUGGACGUCUCCUGAUCGACUUCCUCUGCCAAAGUUUGAAUGCUAGUUUUCUAAGCCCAUAUAUGGAUUCAUUAGGGGGGUCCAGGUUCACAAAUGGUGUAAACUUUGCUGUUGUGGGGUCUUCGACUCUCCCAAAGUAUGUUCCUUUUUCAUUGAACAUUCAAAUAAUGCAGUUCCUUCAUUUCAAAGCUCGUGCCCUUGAACUUGUUGCUGCUGGUUCAAGAAAUAUGAUCAAUGAUGAAGGGUUUCGGAAUGCAGUUUACAUGAUUGAUAUUGGACAAAAUGACGUUGCUGAUUCAUUCUCUAAAAAACUAUCCAAUGUGCAAGUGAUCAAAAGGAUUCCAUCCAUCAUUCGAGAAAUAGAAAUUGCUGUAAAGACUUUAUAUGAUCAAGGAGGCAGGAAGUUCUGGAUACAUAACACCGGACCAUUAGGUUGCCUCCCUCAAAAACUUGCAUUAGUUCAGAAGAAGGAUCUGGAUCCACAUGGAUGUAUUUCUAGUUACAAUAGUGCUGCAAAAUUGUUCAAUGAAGGACUGCGCCGUUCAUGCCAAAGGAUGAGGUCUCAAUUGACAGGUGCAACCAUAGUCUAUGUAGAUAUGUAUUCCGUCAAAUACGAUCUCAUUGCCAACUCCUCCAAAUAUGGUUUUUCAAAUCCACUAAUGGCAUGUUGUGGUUUUGGAGGAGCUCCAUACAAUUACAAUAUCAAGGUGACAUGUGGUCAGCCUGGAUAUCAGGUGUGUGACGAGGGAUCUAAAUUUUUAAGCUGGGAUGGGAUCCAUUAUACUGAAGCAGCUAAUGCAGUUAUAGCCUCAAAAGUACUUUCAACAGCUUAUUCUUCACCUCGUGCGUUGUUUGAUUUCUUUUGUCGUAAUUGAUUUUCAUUUGCUCUAUGUUCGAUUUCUUUUACAGAAAUCUACUGAAUUUUUUUUAAUUAUUAUUAAACAUGUUAUCAACUGAAAAUAUGUAGUGGAGAUUUAUUUUAUUUUAUUUUAUUUGAAUUAGUAGACAAAAUUUUGAUUUA